CCUCUUUCUCUCUCUAUCUUCUGUUGGAAUUAAUAACUCUCUCUCUCUAUCCCCUCGUCUCUCUCUCUCUUUAUUGGGAAGCGAACAGCGAGGAAACAAAACAGCAAGCAGAUUUAUGUGCGUAACUGAACAAUGCCAAGAAGAAACAGGGUCGCAGAAGGAGGCUAAUAGCUUUUGUGGAUCGAAGCCUGAUAAAGAAAAUAACAAUUUGGAGUUUUAAGUUUGAGGAUCCUCUGGUUUUUGAACUUCUAAAGCUCGCAUUCACUACGUGAUAUAAAGAAAUUGCAAUUAAAUGGAGGAAGUCCCGAUGCAGGUGGGUUUGAACCCAAGUACUGCAACUGAGAUACCGGCUAGUGUGGUCGUAGAUGUGGAAAGCCUGGCUCAACCUCAAAGCUCGGGUAGUCCUAAAAUGACUAUUGCCCUUUCACGGAAGGGCUCGUACAGGUGGGAUAGAAGGAGCGUUGAAGAGCAAGAACCGGAUGAAACCACCAAGAAACAAACAAUUAAAGUUGCAAGUUCACAGCUGGAGCAGAUGAAGCAGCCAUUGAUGCCCACAACCAAAGCUCUCCUCCCUCUCACCAACCCUUCCCCCAACUUGGGCGACAACGAUGGCAGAUGCAGGAGAUUCAACCGCUUCACUCUCCAUCCUAGAAGGAUACUCCUCAUAUUCGCCACACUGUCAAGCAUGGGGACAAUCAUACUGAUAUACUUCACUCUCGCCAUUAACAGAGCAGGUGGAGCUUAAAUAAGAGAGAGAAUGAUUACAGUUAUGGAGAGGACGUCACCUAUGGCAAUCCAGAGCUCCAUUAACUCAUCACAUUUAUGUUCACCAUACCCAUGGAGGGAAUAUCUAUGCAUGCCAGAAAAUUAGAGCAUAAAGGUAUCUAUGGCCUUGAAAAGAAUGGCUAUCUUAUGGGGUCACGGUUCCAUCACAAUUAUUGGGCAUUCACUGUGUGUAAUUUGGGAAAAGAUGAAAAGUAGAAAAGGCUUUUAUAGAAAUAUUCUAAAACGAUUCAGGUAGAAGUGAAAACAAUUGGGAGUUUUUUUUUUUUUUUCAUUGGAAUUUAUGAAGAAAUAGAAAACCAUGGGAGCUGCUACAAGAGGGGAAGUUGGUUAAUUGUUGUUAUUUAUUGGGAGAUUGUCACUUUUUUUUUUUGUGUACUUAAUUUAUAAAGCCUCUUAAGCUUUGAGCCC